AUGGAUGAGUUUGGUGUAUCAUUGGAACAGUUUGUCUUUAAUAAAAUUAAUCAAAUCGCUGGUCUGGAAGAGAAUCUUAUGCAACAGUUGACAUCAGUUGUAGGAUUUAUUCACAAAAAAGAUAUUUAUUCGCUGAAUUUGAAUGUAUUCAAUGUACGUGUCGUCUUUAAAAAUGGUCGGUUACUGAUUAAACUUUUAAAUUUUCAUAAUGCCCAAUCUCUAAAUGGGAAUAAAAUCCGUUUUUCACGAACUCCUGGCAUGUUGUCAGAUAUUUACGAUCUAGGAUGUAUUUUCUUUUUCGUAUUAUCCAAAAGACACAAUCUCAAAGAAGAAACGACCAAUUUAGGAAGCAAUAUGAUUGUUUGUAUAUUGCAAAGUUUUGAAAACAGCAAUAAAACAUGGAAAAAUGUUCUUUGCAUUGACAUGAUAAAAAGAAUGAUGAAGCCGAACGAGAAUGCAAGACCAAACAUUAACGAAAUAAAAUCCCAUCCAUAUUUCUGGGAAGUUGAUAAGAUAGCGAAAAUGAUAAUAAACGUAAGCAAAAUGUUUGAAGAUAACAAUGGAAGCAAUCAAGACUUUAAAAUGAAACUGGAGAGAACUAAAAAACAAGUUAUUGGAGGAAAUUGGAAAUCAAAAAUUGAUAACGAAAUACUGGAAGAGAUUUGCAAACAUCGGAUGUAUGACGGUCAAAAGCUUUAUCAAUUAGUUCAAGCAAUCAGAAAUAUUUUGGUUCAUCAAACUUCUCCUGUGAUAGCAGAUAAUAUGGGAACAACAAUCGAAGAUAUUUUGGAAUAUUGGCUUAAAAAAUUUCCUAAACUUGUUGUCCAUCUUUGGCAAGUCGCUAAGGAUCAUAAUUUGCUUUAG